CAAGCCAAACAAUUAAUCGUGUAGCUUAAAACUGGAAGAUUUUAAAAGGGAGAAAUCUUUAAGCUCCAAUCAAUUUCGCUCAAUUCCAGGAUUUCCGAACAGUCGAGAGCAUGGGAGGCCACGGUGGUCUGAAUAUUCUCCCGCAGAAGCGAUGGAACGUCUACAACUUUGACAACCGCGAGAAAGUCCGGCUCGACGAGGAAGCCGCGGCUCGGGAAGAGCAACUCAAACGCGAGGAUGCUCAUAAGCGUGAUAUGGAAUUACGCCUCGAGAAGCUCAGGCAAGCGCGUGGAUUGGCAUCCGCCUCCACGAACGAAACCCCUAAACCCUCUUCUUCCGAAUCGAGAUCCGAAGCGAUACUUAAGAACGAUUCGAACCACGUCAAUUUGUUCGAAGGAAUUCGGAUUUUCGACCCGAUUGAAGAGAAAGAUGUAUCCAAAGGCCAAAGGCCUGUUAAGAAGGUGAAAAAGGAACAGCCUCCGAGGGUUGUGACAUCAGAGGAUCAGAAGUAUAAACUAGGAUAUGGAUUUAUUGGGAAAGGGACAAAAUUGCCUUGGUACAUGGAAAAUCCGGCCAACAAAUCUGUUAAAAAGAGCAAUGAUGAUGAUGAGGACAUCAUGAUGCCUGUUGAGAAGAAGAGCAAUGGAAAGAAAACCGUUGAGGAGUUGCGGAAAGAGCGGUUAGAGAGGGAGAAACGAGAGAAACAUAGACAAAGAGCUCUGCUAAUGGAGCAGAGCCGCAAAGAUGGAGGGUUUUCUAAACGAAGAUGAGAAGAGGAUUUAUAGGAUGGUAAUGCCAACAAGCUCUCUCUGGUUGUGGUGGAGGAUAAUGGUGACCCUCGUGUGUUUUGCUGUUCAGUUUGCCUGAAAACCUAGAGAUUGGUACAUUAAACGGUUAGAGAUGAGAAGUUCAUAGCGCCGUUUUCAGUAAGCCAAGCCAGAGUAUGAUGCUAGUAAUAGUCGACCUAUUAAAAAUUAUAUUCUCUUCGAUUUGUAAUGAUGUUCCUUUGCCAUCCUGAGUCGAUAUUUGUAAGACUAAUGUGCCCUGUACAUUGGGUGACUGCAAUCAAUGGUAUAUGGUGUUCAACUGAUGUCAAUCAGUCGAAGAGACAAAGAUGAGUUUGAGUUCAAUUUGAUAGCUUGACUGAAUUAGUUCCAUCACUUCCAUGAUUCCAUUAUUUGUGUAGUAACUAUUGUAUAAAAACAUUGCACCCUCCUUUUCUAUUCUGGCUUGGGACAGGCAUGAUACCAAAAAAUGAUCUCAUGGCGGAGUUAAAUUUCAAAUAUUGUUAUGUCCCAAAAUUAUAUUCUACGUUGGCC